UCCCUUAUCCUAUCUUGCUCGAGCCAUAAGGCUGUCAGGCAUCAUCAGCCAUGACCACCUCAUUCCCCAUCACCUUUGUUUGUGACCCAACUGUCCGGGUCUGGGGAGGACUCCUCAUUCUGUUCUGCUUUCUUGGUUCGCCAUUCUCGUGAGACUUUAUUGUCGUCUCCAUUGCCCUUUGCGUUUCUCUUCCCUGUCUUGGGAACGUAUUGUUCAUACGCAUCGAUUCGCCUUAUAAUCAAAGAGUUUAGCGAAAAUGCGCUAAUUUCAUGAUCCUCGUUCUAGUCUCAAAUAUGCUCAACAAGCUGUCUGGACAGCCGGAGAGUUACGAGAAGAAGUACAACCUCGCCCCCCUCACUCACAACAAUGCUUGCUGCUUGUGGUAGCUAUACUAACGGUAUUCCUCCUCUGCAUAGAGCCCACUAUAAAUUUGGAAGAACGCUCGGUGCUGGCACAUACGGUAUUGUCCGGGAGGCGGAUAGCAGCAAGGGCAAAGUUGCAAUCAAGAUCAUCCUGAAGAAGAAUGUCCGCGGCAAUGAACAAAUGGUGUACGAUGAGCUGGAGAUGCUUCAGGCCUUGAAUCACCCUAACAUCGUCCACUUUGUCGAUUGGUUCGAAUCGAAGGACAAGUUCUACAUCGUCACACAGCUGGCUACGGGUGGGGAGUUGUUCGAUCGCAUCUGCGAGUGUGGCAAGUUCACAGAGAAGGAUGCUUCUCGAGUGAUCCGGCAGGUGCUCGGUGCAGUCCAUUACCUGCAUGAGCGCAACAUUGUCCACAGAGACUUGAAACCCGAGAACCUUCUUUAUCUGACUCGCGCUCCCGACUCUCCCUUGGUCUUGGCCGAUUUCGGUAUUGCCAAGAUGUUGGAUAGCCCCAGCGAAGUGCUCACCAGCAUGGCGGGUUCCUUCGGUUACGCUGCACCGGAGGUAAUGUUGAAAAAGGGACACGGCAAAGCCGUAGACAUGUGGUCUCUCGGAGUCAUCACCUACACCCUCCUCUGCGGCUACUCACCUUUCCGAUCCGAGAACUUGACGGACCUGAUCGAGGAGUGCCGCACCGGCCGGAUCAUCUUCCACGAACGUUACUGGCGCGACGUCUCCCAAGAUGCCAAGGACUUCAUCCUCACGAUGCUGCAACCGGACCCCGCCAAGCGGGUGACCUCGGAACAUGCCCUCAAGCAUCCCUGGCUGACCGGCGAGACUGCCAGCGACCGCGACCUGCUGCCCGAGAUCCGCGCCUACAUCGCGAGAUCGCGUCUCCGCCGCGGCAUCGAGAUCAUCAAGCUGGCCAACCGCAUCGAGUCGCUCAAGAUGCAGGAGGACGACGACGACGAUAUCCCCAGCGCCGUGGAGGUCGCUCCCGGCGACACCGCUGCCCCUGCCGUCGCCAACAACCAUUCCGCCGACCAGGCCUCUCCGAACGGCAAAUCCGCGCCUUCCUCCCCGGAAAGCGACGCCACUGGCCGCAAGAAGCGUAGUCUCAGCAAGGUCGCCCGCGGCGCUAUCUUCCGCGAGGUCGUCCUCGCCAAGGUGCGCGAAGCCAAGGAGACUGAGGAGCGCGAACGCGUCGAGCGUGAAGCUCGCGAGAAGAGCUCUCAUGCUUGAUUUGCUUGAGUCAUUCUUCCAAUCCAUUCAUUAUCGCUUGAAAGCGAGAAGCAAGGGUAAAGGAGAGAGAGAGGAGAUGCGUGUGUGGGUCUGCGUGAGAGAGAGCGCGAGAGAUGACCUUAACCCAACCAUCUACCAUCUUAAGUGUGCCACUUAUGCGACUCUUUUGCUCGUCUUGCCGCGGGGCACUUGGUCUUUUAUCUCUUGGGCAUUGUUGGGAAAUGCUGCAUUUUUGCAAUUCUCUUCAUUUUUUUUGUUCUAAUGAUUCCCCGUCCAUAGUUUCUUUAUCUUCUAGUGGUUUGG